UAUCUUGUUUUUCCAGAAGGAUGAAACAAAUGAGAGAAAGAAAAAGUAUCAGUUUGGAUGGGACUGGCUGCCAUGCAGAAAAGAUGAAUCAGGCACCUGGGUGACACUAGAUCCACUGAAGCCUAGAUGUUGGCUUUGCAGGAUAGCACAUAUAGAUUACUGUGGGUCUGUGGGCUUUAGCUGUGAUGUGCCCUGUGCACAGAGCAUUUUUUCCUUCUGAAACUUUUCUGUGAUAAGCUUCAGUACUCCCUGAAGGUUAUAGCAUCCUGGUGGUCUGCUCCUUUCCAGGCAAAACAGCACAAGGUCUGUCAUCUUUCUACUAACGUGGGGUUUUUGUUUUGUUUUUAUCACAGCUGUGUUUUAUCAGUGUGGCUAUGAGCAUGUCAGAAGACAGCACCCAGUUCUGCAGCACCUGAAUUCAAUGGGUCCUGAUCAGCCCCACACAACCUUAGCUAUUAGUGAUGCUGCUGAGCUUUGUGUCUGCCUGUGUCUCUCAGAUCUCCCAGAAAUGAGAAAGGGUCCCUGCAGUGCUAUGGCAGUGACCUACUGCUGAGAUGUACAGGAGGAGAGGUGGUGGCAGUGUGAUGAAAUGAAGCUGUGUAGGAAUAUGGAGAUUUGAAGCAGGAAUCACACUGGAUUGGGAAAGAGAACUGCACAACGUGAGACCUGCAGGCAGCAGUGUGUUGUGAACCCAGAAAUGUCACUGGGAGCUUUCCAGAGGGGGCUGUUCUCCAACUGCAGACUGGUCCAUCAUCCAUGAUGGGGUUCAGCUGUGUGUGAUGUGCUCAGUGGGCUGGGUAAUAAUGCACCUCCUUGUUCAGCUGGAAACCUACCAUCUGCUUUGCCCUUCAUCUGCCACAGGACAGUGUGGGAGAGCAGUGACUCCCCCUGCCCACCUGCAUAGCACCUCAUAUUGAGCCUGGAGAACUCCACGAUGCCCUGUGCUGCCAUUAGGGAGAAGUGGGGUAACAAUCUCCACCAGAACACUACCCAAGGACAGAUAACUGUCCAGCAUUUAGCAUCAUCUCAGGUCUCAUCCACGCAGCAUAUAAGAGUGGGAAGCAGGCCAUGGAAUGAUAAAAUACAAGAAACAUAAAACCCACAAACAGUUCCUGCUGUGGUCGGUGAUUAAAAAAUAAAUAAAUCCGAAUGACUACCUGAAGUAUAAAGCCAUCUAAAAUUUAUCUCCAGAGCUCUGAGCCUCAGUGAGUCCAUCAUUAACGACAUUACGCAGGGCGCUGUGUGUGGGCUUGGUGGAGCUUCUUCCCAAGUGGGACAUAAAGUGAGAAAUAAUUUUCACAGCCUCAAUUUAGCAGCACCUUAAGCUGUCUGUUGACUGAAUUGCCUCGGAGGAUUUGGAGGCAGGGAGAGCAGUGCUUUUUUUGCAGGGGAACAGUAAAUUCACACAGCUGAGACAGGUUGCAGUGCCUGAUGUCGCUGGGAGAAAAAUCUGAGCAAAUGGUUAAGAUUAUCUGCUACCUGCAUGUUUAUUAGCAGCAAUUAUACAGUGUUGGUGUUACAAAUUGCUGCUGAAAGAUGUUACUGAACGGAAAGCCCUCGCUUUAAUUGAAAGCACGUUUUAAAUGUGAUUACUUAUGGCUCUGUGAUAUGAUAUCAAUGACCUGCAUGAGAAAAUCACUUCCCCAGAGGGAUGGUGCUGGCAGAUCUGUGUGCAGAUGGAGCUUCAUCCCCUGGGAGGAGCAGAGGUCUCUGAUGCACGGCACCAAGGGGAGGUCAGGAGGAUCAGCCAAGCGUUUUUCCUAGUCCCAGAAGACAGCAUUUUGCAAAUUCCUUCACCAAGAGAUCUAAAGGAUCUCAGGGCUUGUUGGCAACGUGUUGAAAAGGACGGGUUGUGUAGAGGGAAGGUAACUUCACAGCCUCCAACAAGUUUCACUGUGCAUCCACCAAUGCAUAUUUUGGGACAUAAGGUUUUUUAUUGUGUGCAGCAUCUUUUGUUUCCAAGAUAAGCAUGUAAUUAACUGAAAGAUGAUGCAAAGGGAGGCUCAUCUACCGCAUUUCCAUCUUGCAGCCUUCGGCAAUGCAUUAAUGAAAUCUAAUUACGAUGUCAAAAACUGAAGUUCUAACCCAGUGACUAAUUGACUUUGGAGAUGGAAGAGCUCUUUUGUUAUUUUAAGCCUCACGGAGACGUGAGAAGGGAGGAAAAGAAAUUGUUAAUUAGUUUAGUCGCUGCUCUGGAACGUGACGGGACAGCGGCUCUUAACGCAGCGGCGCGGGGUGCGGAGCAGCGCCUGCAGUGCCGCGUUCCGGCCAGCAGGUGGCAGCAGCGCUGCGCUGGGGCGGACACACGCUCGUCCACCGCCGCGCCUCUCCGCCCUUAGCUGGCAGGUCCGCCCGGCCGUAGUGCGCAUGCGCUGGAGGAGCGGAAGUUUUUUCCUGCUUCUAUGCGCCCCGCGUGCGGCGCUGAGCGCUGCGUGGCUCCUGCAGUUCCUUCAUGGACACGAAACGUGCAGAAAAACGCACCCGCCGCAGACGGUGGCACUGCAGAGUGCUGUCUGACUGUGCUCGGCUGUUCCCCGGUGCCGCCCCGAUGUGCGCACUGGGCACCGGGAGCGGGUUUGGGGUGAACGAAGCCCUCCCCCGCCCGCUGUUCUUCCCCCAGCGCGACCCGGGCUCAGGUUCCCCUUUGUGCACGGAGCGCGGCCCCUGAAACUUUCAUGAGGACAUCGGAUCGCCGACCAGAGCCGCCCCACCUCCCCGCCUGCCGCUGCGCAUCGCCUCUGUCCCGCAGCCCCGCGCCAUGACCCAGGGCAUCUGGGGGCUCUACAAAGCCAGGGUGCUGCAGACCCUGGGGGGGGCACGGGCUGACGGUGCUCUGCAGGAGGAGGUAAUGGAAGGGGGGGUACGGCUGAUAACAGCCCCCUGCCCUCCUCCUGCUCUCACUGGGUUGGGUUCGUUGCAGGGAGACCCUUCCGAGCUGAUGGAGGCAGCGGAGCCCCCCGCGCUGAUGGAGGAGGGAUCCGGCCCUGUGUCCCAGCUGGCACGGAAGGUCCAGGGGGGCUGGCGGACGCUCUCAUCUCUCUUCACCCGUGAGGAUGAGCACCAGCUGCUCAACCCAGAGCCCUGCGCCGACCACCCCCUGGCUGCCGUGCCAGCUGAGCUGCCUCCCACCCAGAAAGCAGCCGGCUUUUGGGAUCUCUUCGCUACCAAGUGGCAGCAAGCUUCGACACCGGACAAGGACGUGACCCCACCAGAGCUGGGUGAGAAUCCCACGGAGCCACCAGGUGAUGAGGGCCCCAGUGACCUGCGAGAGCCCGAGGAAGGGACCUUCAAAUGGGGCUUCCUGGCCAGCAAACUGGCUGAAAUCCGAAAUAAAAAUGCUUCCAAGGGCAACUAGAGGAGGCGGUGCCAACGUGGCCCUGCGGCAGCGCCAGCCAGUGAUGCUGUGAUGGGCCCUGGCAAUGUGGAGGUGUUGGCACUAAAGACCCCACGGCGCCCUUCUCCCUGAGCAUGCGUGGUGCUUUCUUUGCCUUUGUCUCCUAGAACAGCCCUGCCACCUGUGGAGCCCCAUUCCAACCCCAAGAAUGCAGAGCUGCCCCAAGGGGUUGAGACCCUCCAGAGGGAUGGGA